GUAAAGCUCUCUCCAAACCAAAGCAGCACACAGACAACGCACCAUUCCCCGAAAUACCAUGGACUCCUCCGUCGGCGGGAGCGGCGGCGCCGCCGGUGGCGGCGACGGGCGCGCGCAGGCGGAGCAGUGCCUGGAGGUCGCGGAGAAGCUCCUCUCCGCGCGAGACCUCGUCGGCUGCAAGCGGUUCGCGGAGCGCGCGCUGGAGUCCAACCCGCUCCUCGCCGGCGCCGACGAGCUCCUCGCUGUCGCCGACGUCCUCCUCGCCUCCCAGAACACCCUCCUCUCCGGCCACGCCGACCCGCUCGCCGUCCUCCAGCUGCCCCCGGGGGGCAGCCCCGACCAGGCCGCCGUCUCCCGCGCCUACCGCCGCCUCGCGCUCCUCCUCGGCCCCAGCAACCAGCACCCCGGCGCCGAGAUGGCCCUCCGCCUCGUCCACGACGCCUACGCCCUCCUCUCCGAUCCAUCCCGCCGGCCCCCGCCGUCCGCCGCUGGUACCCCCUCCCAGCCCGCCGCCGCCGCCGCCGACCGCCCGGAGUUCUGGACGGCGUGCCCGUUCUGCUGCUACGUGCACCAGUACCAGCGCGAGCUGGUUGGUCGCGCCCUCAAGUGCCCCAACGUGGCUUGCCGCCGCGGGUUCGUGGCCGCUGAGAUCCCGACCCCGCCGACCAUUGUGCCGGGCACCGAGAUGUACCACUGCGCCUGGGGAUUCUUCCCCCUCGGCUUCCCCAAUGCGGCCGACCUGGAUAGUAACUGGAAGCCAUUUUACAAGGUGUUCCCGUGGAACACAGCUCCGAGUGGCGAGGGUGCUGGUGGUGGGAGUCAUGGGAAGCGUGGUGGGAGCAAUAGUGCUCGGCAGCCACAGGGUGUCAGUGCUCGUGGUGGGUCUUCUAGAGGUAGGGUGAAGAAGACGACUGCUCGCAAGAAGGUCGGGGUGGGGCUCAAGAGACGUUCUUUCGGUGGUGGUGUGGAGAGCGGUAUUGAUUCGUCCAUGCUUGGACAGGAAGGGUGGGCUGGGGGUGAGGAGGAUGGAGAUGGACAGGCCGAGGAGGUGAGGGGGAUUAACAUAAAUGAGGCGGCACAGACCACAGAUGGCACCAGCAGGGUGAAUGUCAGUGGUUCUGGCGGGGUUGUGGAUAUGGGAAACUUCCAUAUUGAUGUCGAUGCAACAGAGGAUAUAUUAGGGAAUUUGCACAGCAUUCCGUUCUUGAGGGUCGACAAUCUUGGGCGGAUGCUUUAGCUGUUGCUAUGGUUCAUUGGGGCUAGAUAAUUGUAUUGUAUAAUUAGCUGGGUCAAAGCAGAUGUCUCAGGGGCUGACCCUGGCUGUUCAAGUGUUCAUGUUAUUGUAGUGUUCCUCCCCCUAUCACGUCAUGUUGUAGUAGCAGUCUACCUGGUGCUUGUAGUAACUUAGCUGGAGGUUAAGUCGUACCGGGAGACUUUGUGAUAUCCCCAUUAGUUGGGGAUUGUACCCUUUGCCUUUGGCAAACAAGAUUGCGGAGUUUUCUGGUGAUGGGAAUAACACUUAAUAGACAGAGCACGGUUUGACUGGUUA